AUGUGCAAGCCGUGCGAGAUCACUGCUAUACCGAAUACUGCUCAUAUACUGCUUGUCAUCGGUACUGCCGAGAAUGUGGAAGGAUGGGGCAUCUCGAACAUUGUGAUGGUGUUUGGUCCUCGUCAUUACCCGGACGCGAAUAGCGGCGGUGUGACAGAGCUGUUGCUUGCCCCGCUGACAAAAGGAUACCUGAUAUUGACAGCGCUCGGCCUGUCCGGCAGCGAUUCGAUCCGAUCGUACCCAGUGGGGACGCGCAAUUGCAUCUUCGGGGACGAGAAUCCAACGGUAUAUAAAUUUUACUCGUCCAGCGACUGCAUUGUCGCGUGCAGGAUGGAGGACAUAUGGAAGUUUUGCAACUGCAAGCCGUUCUUCUAUCCCGACUUAGGCCUCGAGAAACGAUACAACAGGACUUGCACUUUGGAAGACGUGCCGUGCAUCGGAAAAUACAAAGAGAACAGACGCGUUGUCGUGCCUUACCCGAAGAAGUCGCUGAAACAUUUAAUAAAAGAAAAUACAACGCUCUAUUGCGAAGUGUGUUAUCCCCCGUGCAACGACCUAACUUACAAUGUCAGAAACGACGUGUACCCUGCGAAUCCCGAGCAAUUCGAGACCGACUCGGAGGCAGACGUGAAUCACAGCAUCUUGCAUAUCUUUUUCAUCCACGGCGGCACUCCAUAUCUGAAGCUGGACGUCACCUACAAGUGGUAUCAGUAUUUGAGUGACUUUGGUGGGAUAUGCGAAUUCUUUCUCGGCUGCAGUUUAAUCAGCUGCGUUGAGAUCGUUUACUACGCGGCGCUGUGCCUGUCCGAGCUUUGCGCGUCGAGAAAUGACGCCGAGACGAACGAAGAAGCCGAAAUUCGUCACGAGCAGCCUCCGAUUCAAGACAUCUAUUGGAACGAGCUAGUCCCACGCUGCAAAACGACUAAGCAACUUAAACGAUUACGCAAAGUGCCUAAAAGAUUGAUAACUUUUUCUCGCUACCAUCAUUCGAAAAGUUUGCAGAACCACCUGGCCGAGAACAACGCCGAAAAUGUUGACGAAGUCAGAAAGAUCCCGACUCCUUCCCUGACCUGCUUUCCCGCGUUAAAAUCGUAA